AUUCAUCAAUUACAUGUUCCAUUUUCUCCUGCGGAAAAUAAUCCCUUCUACAAUCUUAUUUUGCUUCAUCCGUCUUCUCUUUCUCUAUUUCAGAGAUCGCGGAUUGAUUCAUUAAUCAGUAGUGUGAUAUCCAUAGCUGAGCUGGGGCCUGGGAACGAUGAGUUACGAAGUAGAUGGAGAUGUUAGCUCAGAGGAUAAGCCCAAUGGAGGUCUGGACAUGUGGAUUUCUUGUCCCGAGCUCCCCACCUCGCCGCCCGACCAUCUUGUCGUCAUGGUUCACGGAAUCCUCGGCAGUACUACUGACUGGUUGUUUGGGGCAAACCAGUUUGUUAAAUCAUUUCCUGGCAAAAUCAUUGUGCAUUGUAGUGAGCGCAACAUGCACAAAUUGACGCUUGAUGGAGUCGAUGUCAUGGGGGAGAGAUUAGCUGAAGAAGUGGCUGAUGUCAUUAAUAGCAAACCAGAGUUGAAAAAAAUAUCCUUUGUUGCACAUUCAGUGGGAGGAUUAGUUGCUAGAUAUGCAAUUGGAAAGUUGUAUAGACCUCCUAUUGAAAAAUUCUUAGAAAAUUCAGACUGCAAUGACAAUAAUGACCCUAGAGGAACUAUAUGCGGUCUGCAAGCCAUCAAUUUUGUUACUGUUGCUACCCCUCAUCUUGGUUCCAGGGGUAAUGGACAGGUACCAUUUCUUUUUGGCUUUACUGCCAUUGAAACACUCGCGUCUCGUGUUGUCCACUGGAUAUUUGGUAGAACUGGUAGACACCUUUUCCUUACUGAUAAUGAUGAUGGAGAACUGCCACUUUUGUUGAGGAUGGUCAACGAUUGCAGUGGUUUCUAUUUCGUGUCUUCCCUGAAAGCAUUCAUACGCCGAGUAGCCUAUGCAAAUGCUGGAUGUGAUCACAUUGUAGGGUGGAGGACCUCUUCAAUAAGACGUAAUUGUGAGCUGCCGAAGUGGGAGCUUGCUUUAAGUCAAAAGUAUCCACAUAUCGUCUAUGAGGAAAAUUCAGUGGGAGAUAAUUGUGAUCAACAUACGCAAAUUUCUCCUUCUGAUUGUGACUAUGAAGAAGAGAUGGUUACAUGCCUUUCCAGAGUGCCUUGGGAAAAAGUAGAUGUUAGCUUCCAUAACAGUAAACAGUGGAUCGCUGCACACAGUGUCAUUCAGGUUAAGUAUUCCUUUAUGCAAUCAGAAGGUGCAGAUGUCAUACAGCACAUGAUUGACCAUUUUCUUCUUUAAGGUUAUAUCAUGGCGGCAUGAAUUUUCAUGUAAGGAUAUGAAACACGACAAACGAGGUGGGCCCGUAGCUGACAUCUGUCGGAGUUGGUCGGGAGAAUCAAAUCAGAUCAUUCAGAUAGUCGACACUCAAGUUCGAAGGUCGUCACAAAAUACCAAUUGGUCACCUGACCAUAUGACAAGCCGACUGACCUCAUGGUCGAACAAAGGCUAUCCACAUUACCAAUCGAGCAAAAGAUAACCAGCACGGGGGGAAAAGCGGACUAAGGAAUUGCGCUAGGAACAUCGAUGAAAAGCGCAUACCGUCAUUAUGUGGUUCAUCCAGCUAAGAGACAAAUGAAUGGGAGUAAAUCGAGCAAGUAAGGGGUCACCCCAUCGAUGAAAAGUUCGUUUGUAUUAUGAAUCUUAUAAAUUAUUUUAGUACCCAUGAGUUCAUUUGUAUAU